AUGGGGCAAGGAAUUCGUCACUUCGUUGGGGUCGAGAGCUCGAAGCAAUUGGCCUUCGUGGAUGACCUCUAUAAGCUUGGGGUUAAUACCAACAUCGAGCUUCCCGAGCUUGUCGUGGUUGGCGAUCAAAGCACCGGUAAAAGCUCUGUACUUCAAGCCAUCACGGAGGUCUCAUUUCCCGUUGAUGAAACUAUGUGCACACGGUUUCCCAUAAAGAUCUCGUUCAGGCAGACCCGGGUGAAGAAAACCACCAUCAGGGCUACAAUAUUUCCCGGACCAGUCUCUCAAUUUGACGACGCCCUGACAAGCCGGACGAAGCUGUUUCUUAUGGAAAGAGAAGAACUAAACCCCAAGGCAAUGAAGGAAAUCGUGGAAGAGGCAUCCAGAGCGAUAUUUGGCGAGAAACAAAGCUCGCCAUCCAAGCCUAAUGGACACACGACGUCUUCCUCGCAACUGAUGCUUAGUGAUGCGACUCUGUAUAUUGAGCGAUCUGGCCCAGAUGAGAUGCACUGGACAAUUAUAGAUCUUCCUGGGCUGAUAGAAAAUAGAGGGCAAGGGCAAGAUGGAUCGACUGCUGCUGACAAGCGGCUGCGCCCACGAACUAAUGCCACAAUAGCGGAAGGGCUGGUGCGCACGUACUUGAGCAACGAGAGAAACAUUGUCAUAGUUGUCGCAGACCCGGUCGAUGUUGAGCGACAACGGAUUUUCAGACUGAUCGAAGAGAUACCUGGGCUCCAAGAGCGUUCAAUCGGGGUCCUUACCAAGUGUGACAGGAAACAAGAAACGUCAGAUAAAUGGAUGAUCAAACUUCUACGGAAUGAACUGUCCACAGUUUGCCAUCUCAAGCAUGGUUGGUUUGGGCUCCGAAACAGAACACCAAAAGAGAGCGGUAUCAGCGAUGCCGAGCGUGAUGAGAAGGAAGCAAAGAUGUUUAGUAAGGAAGAAUGGGCAGGGGUGCCACGCGAUAGGACGGGAAUCAAGUCAUUAAUGGCCUAUGUUGACAGAGAGCGUCGGUCGCAGCUUCAAAAGAGCAUCCCUCACAUCCUUCAUGAAAUCCGUGAGAAGCUCCAAGGAUGUGAAGCCGAGCUUGAGAAACUUGGAAAGGAACGGACUACUCCGCUGGCCCAACAACUAUACGUCCAAGGAUUCUGUAAUGACAUGCAGAAAAUGGCCGACGCAGCUUUACGAGGCCGUUAUGAAGACAUCCCAUCGGAUAGCCUUGAAGCAAUGCUGCGCUUCAACGUGCAAAAACACCUUGACAAGUUUUCCAAAGACAUGAGAACAGCAACGAUGGCGUUGCACUUUACCUGCUACCACCAAGAUUUGAUCAACCUUAAACAUGCAAGCUCGGAUCCGACCGUAUGGGAAGCAUUGGUUGAAACAGCUGACGGUCUGUACUCCGAGAUAUGGAAAGAAGCCCAGAUCUGCCAGGCCGGAAGUCUUCCUGGAAGUAUUCAUCCUAACAUUGAGGAAAACAUAUUCCGAAAACAGUCAGCCCAUUGGGAACGUAUUUCGAGGGAGCUUGUUGAGAAAGUCAGAGAUUCUAUCACUGGAUGCUACAACAUCCUUUUGAAGAUAGCCAUUCCAGAGGAAGAAACCCGCAAGGAAGUGAACCGUGCAAUAGAAAAAGACGUGGAAGCUUGGAGCCGACAGAUCGAUGCGGCACUGACGGAACUUGUCAAUGAUAAUCAGAAACUGCGUUUGAGCACGUAUAAUCCCAUAUUCAUGGAGGAGUAUCAAUACGCUGACCGACAGCGAGGCGAAAUACUCCUCCAAGAGCCGGCGGUCCAAGAUGAUACCGACACAGAGAAGACAUCAUCAUCAUCAACCGCUGAAGCUAAAGAUUCUGGAUAUGCCACGCCGAAGAGCGGUGGACCCGGGAGCAUUUCAACGAAACUGAGCAUAAUCCUAUACGUCCGCGCGAGGUUGGAAUCCUACUACCGCAUUGCACUGAAUCGGUUUGUCGACAAUGUGGCAAUGCAGGUUGUCGAGAGGCACGCAUUAGGCCCAAGCUGCCCAAUUCGCACUGUGUCCGCCGGGUUUUUCCUCCAGCUCAGCUGUGGCGAGCUCGAAGCUAUUGCCGGAGAACGCAAUUUCGCGAGGCGCGCAGAGUUGCAGCAAGAGCAGUCUCAAUAUCAAAAGGCUCUGAAAAACUGGAGAGAAUUCAACCAGAACCUGUAUUAA